AACAGCAACUUUAUUCAUGUUAUUCAUUUAGGUCUUUUAUUUGCAGAAAAUUACAGACAGAAGAACUGAGAUCUGAAGGAAAAGUACAAAAACACAGAGGACAAAACACGGAAAUUUUAAUUCAGAUUUACGUAAAACAUCAAAAGUAUUAAUACCAAAAUAAACUUAACCCUCCUUUUAUCUUCAUUUACAGGCACCAAAAAAUAUUGUUCCCUUGUCUAAAAAAAAUUCUGCAAAACACUUCCCCAAAUUUAUAAAAAUUUACAGAAUCUUCAGGAAUAAAAUUCCAAAAAUUCCUUAAAAGUUUCCCUUAAAAGUUUGAUUCUAAAAAUAUUCCCAAAUUUGGCAAGACAUAAAUUUUUUUUUUAAAUUGUAAAUAUUUUCAAAAAAUGAAUAAAAAUCUUCCAAAAAACAAAAACAAUGAAUGACAAAAAUUGCACAAAAUGACAAAAAUGAGGCAGAAAAUGACAAAAACGAGACACAAAAUGAGAAAAAUGAAACACAAAAUGACAAAAACAAGACACAAAAUUACAAAAAUUAAACACAAAAUGAGAAAAAUUAAACACAAAAUGACAAAAACAAGACACAAAAUUACAAAAAUUAAACAAAAAAAUUUUUAAUUAAAAAUUGUAAAUAUUUUCAAAAAAUGAAUAAAACUCUUCCAAACAAUCCUAAAAAUAUCUAAAAUGAUUCCAUAUAUAUCAGUAAAACUUCUAAUAUUUUCUUUGAGAACAUUCACAUAAAAAUCAACCAAAAUCCAGUGUUCCCUAUAUUUUGGUUGACUUUUGUGAAUGUUCUUAAAGAAACUUUUUUUUAAACAUUUCUUUUUUCCACCAAAAAAUGUUCAAAAAUGUCCCGAAAAUGUUAAAAAUGUGGACAUCGGAAGUUUCACUGUGAGAAUAUUUUCCCCCCACAUUUUCAAACUUUAAAACGGAUCGAUUUGAUCCGCAGGACGGCACGAGGGUUAAGGUCCCAAAAGUAAAAGUGCUCAUAAUACAGAAUAAAAUCUGCCAAAUUAUUGUAAUUAAUGAUGCAUUUUAUUUACUGUUUUAUCUCAUGUUAUUCUCAUUUCAAAGUUUUAUGGAGCAACUUGUGAUUCCAGUUUUAAAAGGUUCUACAAAAAAUACAGUUUAUUUUUAUUAUUAAAUACUUUAGAUCUGCUGCUGUUGAGUUUAGCUAGCACACUAUUAAAAAAUCUGUAAGAAAGUGAAAAUCUGCACCAGAGCCUUCUCCAGAUCCACAAAACACAUGCAGACUGGCAAGUGGAACUCCCAUGACCCCCUCAGCAGCUCUGCAAGAGUAAAGAUCUGAUCCACUGUUCCACCACCAGGACGGAAUCUGCAUUGCUCCUCCUGAAUCCGAGGUUCUACAGUCGGUCAGAGCCUCCCUUCCAGCACCCUAGAAUAAACUUUCCCAGGGAGGCUGAGAAGUGUGAUACCCUGGUAGUUGGAACACACUCUCCAGUCCCCCUUUAUGAAAAUGGGAACCACCUCCCCAGUCUGCUUCUCCACAGGUACUGUACCUGAUGCCUACGCUACAUUGUAGAGACGUGUCAGCCAAGACAGUCCAACAAUGUCCAGAGCCUUCAGCAUCUCAGGGUGGAUCUCAUCCACACCUGGUGGAGUUUCUUCACUUCCUCAGCAACCUCUGCCAUGGAUAUGGAUGAAGAUCCCCCGAGACCCUACCAGGGGCUAUUGCCUCAGACAACACAUACUCAAACCCCUCCACCGUGACAAGGGAGAAAAAGGUGACCGAGGCUGGAGGGGUCUGUACGGAGAUAUCGGGACUCCUGGGAUGAUAAAGGGCUUUAAAGGACGUAAAGGAUUCAGGGGCGAUAAAGGAGUGAAAGGAAAACGAGGCCUCAGUGGACAGAAGGGUGAACCAGGCAUCACUGCUCCACCAGGAGAAAAGGGCGACCCGGGUCAGUGGGGCGAUGCCGGCCAGAGAGGAGAGGCUGGGUCCAGAGGAGAACCUGGAGCAAGAGGAACUGUGGGGUUGAAGGGACCUCAUGGACCAACAGGUCAGUCGGGUCAUCCUGGUCCAGCAGGACUACCGGGUCUGACUGGAGACCCUGGACUACCUGGACAAGUGUUUGUCCUUCCAGGUCUGCCGGGGGAACCAGGAAGUCCAGGUCCAGCAGCUGAAUGCAGCUGUUCACAAGUUCACACCUCCCAGAGACUGAAGGACAGAAUCCAGACGGUUUUUAUCGCAGACGGGGAGAAGGAGAUGAGGAAGCUUCGGUCGGAGAACGUGGUGGUUCUGCGAACAGACAGAAAAGCUCUUUACAUUUACACCGAAUCCCAGUGGAUCAACGUUCUGGAGGACCCCCGACACUGAGCCCAGCUGAUCCAGCACAUCGAUGGACAUCACAUCAGACAGCAUCUUAUUGUAUUUACAGAGUCUAGCUGAUGAUUUCCAUGCAUGCAUGUGCAGCAUUUCAUCGCAUUAAACAAUUCUUGCUGGUUACACACUUAAAUGAACCUCAACUCUGUAUUUUUCCCUGUAGUUUGACUUGUUUUACACCCUAAAUCUACAAUAUUUCUUUAUUCUAUUGCCCUGUAGAUGCUGCUGCAGUGAUCCAACAAAGAGAUCAAUAAAAGUCUGAUUCCUGUCUGUUACCUCCA